GCCCAGGAAUCAAGAUACGACAAAGCCCACGCCAAAAAUCCGAAACCCUGAAACAAAAUCCAGUUAAACGAGACAGAGAAGACUGGCCAACAUGCCGAAGGCUAGCACGAAGUUGAAGAGAGACAAGAUUACCUCAUACCGUCUCUCCGAAAAGGUUGUCCAAGAGUAUCUGGAAUCGUUGUUUGGACCGUACGAUUUUCAACUUCAUCAUAAAUCAGAUCAUUGGAUCUUUUACAUUCCGCGGAAAUUGACAGUUGUUGAGUUUGAGGAGCUUGACGGAAAGAGAGAGCAGCAGGAGUGAACAUUCGGUACGAGAGUCAGAAUUUGUUGGUGGGUUUCUGGGUUUCUGGGGGCUUAGUCAGGGCAUUGGGCCGGGACGCUAGCGGGGUUUGGUGGCCUGGGACGGGCUGAGCAGCCUACAUUGGAUUUGUCGAACGCUUUGUAGCAUGGUUUACGUCACAUGAUUAAUGAAUUCUUUAAAUGCCUUAAAGAUAGAAUAUAUUUGUGUACUGGGG